AUGAAGACUUUUGUGUGUUUGUUAGCGUUAGCAGUAGCUACUUGCAAGGCCGGAUUCGAAUCAAACGGUUACUCAAGCGGUGGAGGUGGAGAUUAUAACAGCUUUGGAAAUUCUGGAGGUGGUCAUGAUGGCUUCGUACCUAUAAGUGGGGGACAGGAUUUCUCAGGAGGUCAUGGCGGAAAUGAUGUUACCCUAGCUCUGAAUCAAGGCUCUGGACAUGACUUUACUGGAAGUCAUGGUGGCGGACAGGGAUACGAUCUAGGUGGCCAAGGAGGUGGUUCUUACGGUGGUCACAUUGGAGGUGAUUCAUAUCUUCAGGCAGCUAAUGACUUAGGAGGUCACGGCGUAGGGUCGUCAGACCUAGGUGGUUAUGGAGGUGGAUUUAGCGGUAGUGAAGGUGGACACAGUGGUCAUGGUGGCGAAUUUGUUUCUCAAGGAAGUAGUGGAGAUUUUGGGGGCCACGGCAGCUUUCUAGGUAGCUCUGGCGGUCAUGAAGGAAACUUCGGCGGCUACGGUGGACAAUCUGGGGGUCAUGGAGGAGACCAGCUUCAAUCUUUUGUACUUCAAGACGGUGGCCAUGAAUACGGCGAUCAAGGUGGUCACGGUUUUGGGGGGUCUGGUUUUGACAGCCACGGUUAUGGGGAAGCGAUACCAGUUGGACAGCACGUUGAUGAAGAGCACCCCGUAGAGGUGCCUUCUUACAAACAUGUUACCGUCCCUAUUCACAAGACUAUACACGUCAACGUGCCUAAGCCGAUUCUUGUUGGUGUACCCCAGCCUUAUCCUGUUAAAGUACCGGUACACAAGCCUGUUGCUGUUCCUGUAGAGACCGAAAUAUCGAUUCCUCUUGAAAAAGUAGUACCUUACCCUGUCGUCAAGCAUAUACCUUACCCUGUAGAGAAGCGUGUUCCAUAUAAAGUAGAGAAGACUGUUACCGUUCAUGUACCUCAUCCUUACCCUGUCAAGAUUCCCGUCUACAAGACGAUUCAUCAUAAAGGUCACUAA